GUGACCACCGCGGCGCCGCCAUGAAGCUGACGGUGAAGACUCUCAGCGGCACCCGCUUCGAGAUCCGGGUCCAGCACAAUGACACCAUUAUGGCUGUCAAGAAGAACAUUGAAGAGAUUCAAGGAAAGGAUAGUUAUCCACGGGGUCAUCAACUGCUGAUUCACAAUGGCAAGCUUUUGAACAAUGAAAGCACAUUGGAUGAGAAUCAAGUUAGCGAAGAUGGAUUUCUAGUUCUCAUUAAGAGCAAAGCUUCUGCUUCGAGUGGAGCUUCAUCUGCACAGCCUUCAAGCACUCCUGUUACCAGUCAAGCACCUCCAGUUGCUCAACCACAAGCUACUCAAGCCCAGGUCCGAUCAACUACGACUUCUCAGCCUGAAAGACCACCCGCAGAGACCCCUUCGAGUACAGUUGAUCUUAUAGCAUCGGAUUUACUGUCAAGAAGCAAUCUGGACGCAAUCCGUGCUGCUUAUAACAAUCUAGGACGUGCCAUGGACUAUUUGUACUCUGGUAUUCCAAUGAAAGCUGAAGUUUCUGUUCCGGUGGAUGGUCAAGGGGCAAACACCACUGAUACAACUCCUGGAAAAACCGACUUCUCUGGAAUCCCAAACACAGCACCAUUAGAUCUUUCCCCACAGGGGGCUUCCCAUGCUGGAGGUGUUGCUGGGGUUGGAUCACUUGAUUUUCUUAGAAAUAACCAACAGGCCAAGGCGAGCUAUGAAUCGGCGUACCAGGGCGCGUCGUCCAGGUUCUUCAUCCGCGCGCCGAGGUUGUCCCGGAGGAGGCGCUCGAACCCCAGCAGCAACUACUUGGCUGGCCGAGGCGAGGCGUUGGUCAUCCACUGCUCCUCCCACCGCUUCCGCUCCCGUGCGUGCGUCUCCUUGGAUUAUUGUCAGUCCAUCACGGCGCCGUUCCACCCCGUUGUUAGGUCAUAUGCGUACACACACCGUACACGAACUGUUCGCACCUGA